GACAAAACAGAGGGCGCGACCGGGUGGACUGCUUGGUGAGUCUCCAACCCAGCAGUCCCCACCGCCACCGCCACCGCCACCGCCGCCCCCUGCAUCAUCAAUGGCCGGUCGUGUCCAAGGCAUGACCCGUGCCCCGACCCGCUGACCCGAACAUUGCUCUUCUUCUUCUUCUUCUUCUUCUUCUUCUUCUUCGUCUUCGUUCUCCCUUCCUCUGUCCCGGACAUAGCAAAGAACGCCGAGCUCCUCCGGAUCAGAGGCCGAACCGACCACCCUCUGUCUCUCUGUUUCUUUCAUCUCAUAAGGUUUCUUGUCUCGCCGAGAAUGGAGGAUGCACCGAAUCACGAGCCGCAUGAACCCGUGGCUUCUUCUUCUUCCUCCUCUCCGGUUGAGACCGAAAGGCCGUCGUCUUCCGCUCCGCCGACUUCACGGGUCGAGGGCGAGCGCAUCGAUGGCGAUGAAAUCGAAGACGGGCAUCUCCACCAGCCCCGGCCCCACGACCACCACCACCGCCGCGACGGCCAAGACCGGCAGCGGCCGCGGCCGUGGUUGUGGCGGCCUCCUCACGUCUCGUAUCGCGUCGAUGUCAACUUUUCCAACUUGAACCCUUCAGGGAUGACAGACGACGUCCGGUCCAGCCUCGUAGUUCUCGUUGUCUUUUGGUUCUUUGCAGCAUCUUUGACUUUGAUUCUUGGGUUCUAUGGACCUGAAAAUUUUGAGUUGGGGCCAAAUUGCUCUCGGCUUAUACAGACUAAUCCUAUAUUUGUGCACUCUAUUAAGGUCGAGGAAUUUGAUGAAUCAAAACCUGGUCCCAUGCUGUAUGGUUACACCAAACCUCCACUCCUUGAUGUCGAAACAACCUGGACAGAAAAACAUGAAGUAUCUAUAGCAGCCAAUUUUCACAAGGAGUGGAUACACUUCCUGAAUGCAGGAUCAAAAGUACAUAUCUCCUACAGUGUACAAUCUCCCUUGCCUGUAUCCCUAGUGAUUGCCCAAGGCAGAGAAAGCCUUGUUGAGUGGAUUGAGGAUCCAUCUUAUCCAAAUACAACACUAUCAUGGAAUAUAAUAUACGGGAAGGGCACAGUCCAGCAAGAAUUUCCUACAUCUUCUAAUUUCUAUAUUGCCGUUGGUAACUUGAACUCAGAGGAGGUGAAGGUAGAGUUGAAUUUCACUGUAAAUGCUCUUCUCUAUGAUACAAGCCAGGCGUAUUAUAGAUGCUCACUUGGAAACCAAUCAUGUAGCUUGAAGCUCUUUCUUCUGAGGGAAAAUGCCGCUGUUCUGAGUUCUCCAGGAUUUGAAGAGGGUUCCCCUGACAACCAUUGGUACAUCAGACUUUCAUAUGGUCCACGGUGGAUCACCUAUUUUGCUGGAUCAGCUGUGAUGACCAUUCUCCUACUGUUAGCAUUGCGAUUUUGUAAGUUGUUCCUAUCUAGCAGUGAAGAAAGUACAGGACAUGAACCGGGACAGAUGGAAACUGAACGGGCACCAUUGCUUUCUCCUAAGGAGGAUGACCUAUCAAGCUGGGGUUCAUCUUACGAUUCCGUAUCGCAUGAUGAGGAGGAUUUGGAAGAGCAGCUCGCAGUCUCUUCUCUUGAAGGAAAGCCGUUCGGAGAAGGAGAAAACCCCAGCAACACCCGCAAUCUCUGCGUCAUUUGUUUUGAUGCCCCUAGGGAUUGUUUCUUCAUUCCAUGUGGACACUUUGCAACAUGCUAUGCAUGCGGAUCAAGGAUUGUGGAGGAAGACGGUUCUUGUCCCUUGUGUCGUAGGAAAAUGAAAAAGGUUCGAAAGAUUUUCACUGUUUGAGCAGACUUCAAGCUCUGUGCAGGCAGGCAGUUUCAGUUGAGUGGUUCACGGCCAUGUGUUUCAGAUGAGUAUAAAUUCUUCUGAUACAUUCUUGUAUAAAGUUUGAAGCAGUGAUCGAAAUAGUCUUUUGUGUGUGGCUGUCAUUACAUAGGCUUCAUGACGAAAUGACCAAUGACUUAGAUUGGUUAGCAACAUAUGCAGCCCUUCCCAGGAGGGAAGAAUGCAGUUUGGCAUUCUGCGUUCGAAAGAGAGAUGAUUUUGAACUAAUCCAACCUAUAACGAAAGAUUCACAUUCUCUUUACAAAUCAAAGUCAGGCGUUGCUAUCA